AACCACAGCCAGACGCCGGCAGCCAGUGAUCAGGAACAAAGCUAGUAGAACCAUGCUGGCGAGGCGCGCGGGCAUGGCUCAGCAGCUGUGCCUGGCGGCGGCGGUGGCGCUGGCGCUGGCGCUUGCGCUGUCGUGCGGCGUGGCCUCGGCGGCGGUGCCUCCGGCUCCGCUUCCGAAGCCGCCGGUGAAAGGCCGCGGCAAGUUGGUGACCCUGACUACCAAGAACUUUGGGCACAAGCGCAACUACCAGGUGACGUGCGUGGACAAGGACAACCCGGGCGGCUGCUACGUCGGCUGCCCUAAGCGAUGCCCCAACCAGUGCAUCGUCUUCUGUGCCAACUGCCUCAGCUUCUGCGAGUGCGACAUCUUCCCGGGCACUUCCUGCGGCGACCCUCGCUUCACCGGCGGCGACGGCAACACCUUCUACUUCCACGGCAAGAAGGACGACAACUUCUGCAUCGUCACCGACUCCGACCUCCACAUCAACGCCCAUUUCAUCGGCAACCACAACCCCGACCUGAAGCGCGACUUCACGUGGGUGCAGGCCCUGGGCGUCACCUUCGGCGCCGGCCACCGCCUCUACGUCGGCGCCCGCAGGGUCGUCGAAUGGGACGAGGACGAGGACCACAUCCAGAUCACCUUGGACGGCGAGCCCGUCGACAUCGACGCCGUCAGGAACGCCCGCUGGGAGUCCAACAAGCAGGCCCUGCCCGGCCUGUCGGUCACUCGCAUGAAGGACGUGAACACCGUGGCCGUGGAGCUCGACGGCGUGUUCAGGAUCUCGGCCAACGCCGUGCCCAUCACCGAGGAGGACGACCGGAUCCACAAGUACGGCAAGACGGGGCGCGACAGCCUGGUGCACCUGGACCUGGGCUUCCAGUUCCACAACCUCACGAGGGACGUGGACGGCGUGCUGGGGCAGACCUACCGCCCUGGCUACGUGACCAAGCUGGACAUCAGGAAGAAGAUGCCCAUCAUGGGCGGCGCACCAAAGUACCGGUCGUCGGGUCUCUUCACCACGGACUGCGCCGUCUCCAGGUUCCGCCGCGGCGGCGUUGCCGGCGGUGGGGUCACCACAUUCGCCUCUUAAAUCUUUGCAUGCAUGGCGGAUUAUUGUCCGUUGAUCUGAUCCGUGCCAUGCAUGAAAUGAAAUAAUUAAGUCAACAAAAUCUAUAUAUGUCGACCCCGUGUGUAUUAUAUGUGAGGAACAAGCAGGAAGAAAAGAAAUAAGCAGCAGGAAGAAGAAGCUCAACUGGUUGAGAAAUGUGUUAAUUCAUUUUGAUAAAAAGAACUGUGAUACUCGUUUACCUAUUUCAUUAUUGUACGCAUAUUUAAUGAA